GAACUCGUAGCACCUAGAAUACUUUUACUUGGAAGUUGGAACUGGGCUCAAUGUCGAACAUUAAGUGACGUAGGCCACAUAGGAUUUGCACGAAAUAUAAUAUGUUGUCAGCAAGAAAACUGCUGGAACGUUUCCAUCAUAAUGAUAUGUAUACCAGGAACUCGGCAGAGUCGUCUAUCUCGUUUUUUGUUUGAAACCACACGAGUGGAAUAAACCGGUGUCCUGGGACCGAGAGAGUCGUGUGCUACAGGGCAGAGAAGGUGGUCAUGGGGUUAGCGCUUCACACUCUCCUGGCCCUGACUGUCCAGCUUCCCUGGCUGCUGCUCCUGGCUCUGCUCGUUCCCAGGAAUGUCCGAGCUGAAGAGCUGAAGCCCACUAGAUGGCCCCUGUUCUCCCAGAAGCCUUUGCUCCUCGCCUGGAAUGCCCCAACGGAGGACUGUGGCCCCCGGCACGGUGUGCAUUUCCCGCUGGAGCAGUUCCAGAUCGUAGCUUCACCCAACGAGGGCUUCGUCAGACAGAACCUCACCAUCUUCUAUAAGGACCGGUUAGGGCUGUACCCGUAUUACGAGCGUGACGGCACCGCGGUGAACGGUGGAAUCCCUCAGGCCGCCAGUCUCAUGCAGCACCAGGAGAAGAUGCCCGAAGGUGUGCACAAAUACAUACGCGAACCAAACGCCAAAGGCCUCGCCGUCAUUGACUGGGAGGAGUGGCGUCCGCUGUGGAUCCGCAACUGGGACGUCAAGAACGUGUACCGGGACCAAUCCCGGAAACUAGUGGCCGAGAAAAACCCGGAUUGGCCCCCGGAGCGAGUGGGGAAAGUGGCUCAGCAGGAGUUUGAGCUGUCGGCCCGAAAGUUCAUGCUGGAGACCCUCAGGCUGGCCAAGAGCCUGCGGCCUAACCAACUGUGGGGGUUCUACCUGUUCCCAGAUUGCUACAACCACGACUACCGGAGCGGCCUGAACUACACAGGCCGCUGCCCUAAUGUGGAGGUGGCCCGUAAUGACCAGCUCACCUGGCUGUGGACUGAGAGCACGGCUCUGUUCCCUUCAGUCUACAUGGGCAAGGUGCUGAGCUCCACCAAGUUCGGGCGCCAGUUUGUCCGGAACCGGGUGAAGGAAGGGAUGCGGCUUGCUUCGGCGGGCGACGGGGUGGCACGGCCCGUCUUCGUCUACACCCGGCCUACGUAUGCCAACGAGCUGACUCUGCUGACUGAGACAGACCUGGUGUCCACCAUUGGGGAGAGUGUAGCCCUGGGAGCAGCUGGGGUCAUCGUCUGGGGAGACCAUACCUACGCCAGCAGCAAAGCCAGCUGCUCCAGUCUGAAUGACUACCUACGGGGUCCGCUUGGACAGUACCUGCUUAACGUCUCUACGGCAGCAGAAUUGUGCAGCCAGCAGCUGUGCACCUCCCAUGGCCGCUGCCUCCGCACACUCUCAGACACUGACGCCUACCUGCACCUCAACCCCCUCACCCACAGCAUCAGCGUCCAGGGUGGCAGGCUGAAGGUGACAGGUCAGCUAGAUCAGGGGGAGCUGGCUAGGUACAGGCAACACUUCCAGUGCCAGUGCUACAGCGGGUACAAGGGCGAGGGCUGUGCCCAGAGAGAGCUGGGGAAGAGUGCUGCCGCACCUGUCUGGGGAGUCUGGUCUGUACUCACCCUGUUGCUCCCUCUAGGGCUUCUCACUCUGCUCCACUGAGGGAGGCGAGCAGGAGCUGACAACGUGCAAUAUGGGGGGAAACAACCACGUCUUGGUCCUGGCCUUUGCUGGGCCUCAGGGAGAUUCCUGGUCAGGGAUGGGCUCUAGCUGUUCUGUGGGACUGAUCCAUAUGGAGAAGAGGACAUGGGAGUGCCAUUUGUCAACAAGGUGAAGGAGGGGACUGAGAUGCUCCUCAGUACCCUUCAGUUACCCACGCAAGCUAAAGGGACAGUAUGUGAAGUGGGAAAACAAUAGGCCGUCUAUUUUUGACUUGAUGUUUUUAUUGUGAGUGCUGUGAGGUAGAAAGGAAGGUCUAUGCUGGACUGGUCUAUUCCUCCCUUCACCAGAUCUGGAAGACAUCUGGAGCUAGCAGCCAGAACUAGAACUAAGAUGUCUGUAAUGUGUAUGAAUGCUGACCUCAACUGUAUAUUGAGUGUGUGUGUCUGUGUGAACUGUGUCAUUUAGAGGUUGUAAGGUUACUACGGGCGGCAGGUAGCCUAGUGGUUAGAGCGUUGGGCCAGUAACCGAAAGGUUGCUAGAUUGAAUCCCCGAGCUGACAAGGUAAAAAUCCGUCGUUCUGCCCC